AUGACCAUUCUCAAGUCCAAAAUCAAACUCAACACUGGUGCAGGGAUGCCAGUGAUUAAUCUGGGCACUUGGAAAAGCCAGCCCGGCACCGUCGAACACGCCGUGGCGUACGCACUCCGUGAUGUAGGGUAUCGAGGCAUCGACACUGCUGCUGCGGUGGAAGAAGCCCUUUUAGAAUCUCUCUCCAAGCUAAAUACCUCGUAUUUGGAUCUCUAUUUAAUGCAUUGGCCCGCUCCAAUGACCAAGGACGAAGAACCCGAUCGGACUAUCGACUGGUUGGACACCUGGAAGGAGAUGGAAAGACUCUACAAAAAGCAUCCCGAAAAGCUCAGAGCUAUCGGAGUGAGCAACUUUUCAGAAGAGUAUCUCAAGAGUCUAGAACAAUGCGACCAUCGUCCCGGCAGUCAACCAGAUAAAACUACAUCCGAAUUUGCCUUUUCUGACAUGAUUUCCCCUUUGAUAUAUUGUAGCUCUUGUCACCAACCCGAGCUGCGAGAUUUCUGCCAGAAGCAAGGAAUCGUCGUUACCUCUUACUCCCCUCUGGGCUCCGAUCGAUCGCCUCUCAUGACAGAGCCAAUUGUCUUGCGGCUUGCGGAGAAACACUCCGUUACACCGGCAACUAUACUCAUUUCUCUGCAGACUAGUCUGCCGAACACGACAGUGCUUCCAAAGUCCGUAACGCCCGAAGGUAUCAAAGACAACGCGGAAGUCAUUCAGCUCUCGGAAGAUGAGAUCAAGGAGUUGGUUACCCUCAGCGACACGUCACCCUACCGAGCGUGUGGUCCAGAAUGA